AUGGCGGAGGGCGCGGCGCUGCGGGCCGUCAGGGGCUGCCUGGCUGCCUUCCCGCGGGAGGCCCGCGAGCUGGGGUGGUUGGAGUCCAUACCCUAUCUUGAUAGACCUCCGUCCCCGCUGGAGUUUUAUCGAGAAUGGGUGAGUCCAAACAAACCUUGCAUAAUUCAGAAUGCCAUCAGCCACUGGCCGGCUCUGAAGAAAUGGACUGCAGCAUACCUCAGGGAGGUAGUAGGUCCCAAGGUAGUGAGUGUGGCAGUAACACCAAAUGGUUAUGCAGAUGCAGUGUUUCAGGACCGUUUUGUCAUGCCAGAGGAGCGCCAAAUGCCUUUCAUGGACUUUUUGGACAUCGUGGAGAAGAAGGUGACCUCUCCCAACGUGUUCUAUGUGCAGAAGCAGUGCUCAAACCUCACUGAGGAGUUCCCUGAACUUGUCUGUGAUGUGCAGCCUGACAUACCAUGGAUGAGUGAGGCACUUGGGAGGAAGCCUGAUGCUGUGAAUUUCUGGCUUGGGGAGUCGGCUGCAGUGACAUCUCUACAUAAAGAUCAUUAUGAGAACUUGUACUGUGUGAUAUCUGGAGAGAAACAGUUUCUACUGCAUCCACCCAGUGACCGUCCCUUCAUCCCAUACGAGCUCUAUCAGCCAGCAACUUACCACGUAUCAGAAGAUGGCACAUUUGAAAUUGUGGAUGAGGAGAGUGCAGAUAAGGUGCCCUGGAUCCCCCUGGACCCCUUGAACCCGAAUCUGGAACUAUAUCCAGAGUAUGCUCAGGCAAAGCCUUUGCAGUGUACAGUGAAAGCUGGUGAGAUGUUAUACCUGCCUUCUCUCUGGUUCCAUCAUGUCCAGCAGUCACAUGGGUGUAUAGCAGUGAACUAUUGGUAUGACAUGGAAUAUGACCUCAAGUACAGCUAUUAUCAGCUACUAGAUCAUCUCACAAGAGCUGUGGAAGUGUUAUAGCAGAGGUGGGGGACUCCAGCUUGUGAUCUCUGUCUUUGAUGGGAUACAACCAUCAGCAUCUGUGACUGGAGAACAAAGGUGAUUCAGGUGAAAAGAACUGAAUGUUAAAUUAUCCUCAGCAACAUCCGUCAAACAGAUCAUGGAUAUUUUGCUUGAUUUCAGAGUCCAGAUCACCUGACCAGAUCUUUUUUUGUCUGCAAGUUUGGUAACAGUAGUUUUAGGUUUGUGUGUGUUGCCUCAGUGAUGGUGAGCAAAACAGAACUGGAAGGGAGGCAGUCUUAAGUUUUGGAAACCCAGAAGAGAAGCCACAGCUGUUUGUUCAGAUCUACAGACUGUUUUCACAACAGCUCAGGCAGACAAGGAGAAACCUGCUCCUCCACCCACUGGUGCAUCAGGCUGCAUCAGUCCAGCAAAUGGAUUCUGCUUAAGGCAAAGGUCCUGCCCGGUUCUGAUUCACUAAAUUCAGUAUUUGUGGUGUUAUGAUGGUGAGAAAUUGGAACUUCUUCAAUAAAAGGUCAGU